AUGUCAGUCCUCUUUUGGAAUUGUAGAGGAGCAGCUAGUGGGAAACUGGCUCGCACCCUUAAAGUCCUUGUGCAGAAACAUAGCAUUAAACUUGUAGCUCUUUUCGAACCUAGGGUGUCUGGUGAUAGAGCUGUAAAGCUUGGAAAAAAACUUGGUUUUGAGGAUUGUAUAAUUGAAGAGGCCCAGGGGUUUUCAGGUGGCAUAUGGAUUCUCUGGUGUUUUAAAGUUUUUACAGUGAAGGUUAUUGAGCAAACAAAUCAAUUUCUUCACGUAAAAAUUCUUAAGAACGGGGAACUGUUUACUUUUCUCACGGCAAUAUAUGCCAAUCCAAUGGAAGAGAAAAGGCAAGUAUUAUGGCAAGACCUUCGAAGAUUGAGUUCACAAGCAGUGGAUCCUUGGAUAAUGGGCGGAGAUUUUAAUGAGAUAGCUCAUGGACCAAAGUGGGGUCAUUUGGACCGUAUCUUCAAAAGGUUGGACAUAAUAUGUGCUAAUAAAGUUUGGAGGUUGAAAUUCGCGGAUGCAUGGGUACGUGUGCUUCCAAGAGUUCAAUCUGAUCACAGUCCUUUACUCAUUGAGUUCAAUGGGAAUCAUAUUUCUUUGGGGACACGUCCAUUCAGAUUUGUAGCUGCAUGGCAGCAACAUCCUCAGUUUAAUUUGUUUCUGGAUGAAUACUGGAGUAAAAGUGAAACGUGCAGCAACAUGCUCACAAGGUUGGUACCUCCUCUGAAACAGUGGAAUAUCAACGUCUUUGGUAACAUAUGGAAGAGGAAGAAGGCAAUUCUUAAUUCGAUAUAUUAUAUCCAGCAGCAAAAAACAAUAAAUGAGUCUUUUUACCUUACUGCGAAGGAAAACAGAUUGCAAGAUGAGUUAACUAACAUUCUAGAGCAAGAAGAAUUGUUGUGGUUCCAAAAAUCUCGUGAAAGAUGGAACACAAGAUUCUAUCACUUGAAGACUAUCAUUCGAAGGAGCACAAACAAAAUUUUAAGGCUGAAGAAUGACAUGCAAUUAUGGAUUUCUGAUCAGAAAGCUCUUCAACAUAUGGCAUGA